AUGGAUGUUGGCGGUACGACGGCGUCGGCGACGGCUACCCCGGAGUCCACAGUUUUAGCGGAAAAAUCCAGCAUCACACCGAAAGCAGUGAAUGAAACGUCUUCAACAUCCGAUAAAAACGGUUCAAUACCUGAUUCGAGCUUAGAUUCGAUGAAGGAUUCCACUGGUGUAGCAGAUUCUUCUAAAGAUGUUGCCAAGACGUCGAUGCUGCCAGAGAAAAAAACAAUGGACACUAUCGCUUCCAAUGCAAGCGAAUCGAGCAGCAAAGGAGAGCUACAAAAAAUUCCCGUCAAAUUGUCCAGUGUUUCGAGUGGCGAUCCAAUGAUGACGAAUAAAGAUGGAGAGGCUAAGGUGCUCACGAGCAGUGACAAAGGUAUAACCGCAAAAUCGGAUCAUCAUAAAGAUGAGCUCGAUCAUGACGAUGACGACGACGAUCUGUUGAAGCGGAUGGAAGCGAUAGAGAAAGGAGAGGAUAUUGUUAUUCCUGUUAAAUACGAGCAGAAAAAAGAUGAUCCAACCCAUCAAAAUGGUAUGUUAGAGAAAAUGCCCGAAAAACAAAUUGAAGUUGUACCGCCCAAGCUGAAGGAUGCCGGCAAGACGGGAGAAUCCGUUGCCAAACCAAGUCAAUCGAGCUCACUGACAAAGGUGGUCGCCCCAGUGGCAGAAUUCUGUCUGGAUAAACCAGUAGAAGCAGUGAAUCCAAACGCCAAGAGAAAACAUUCUCUCAAUGAAACCGAGUCAAACGAACCAGAAAUGAAAAAAGCACACGUCGAUGAUUUAACGUUGGAACCUAAAUCAAGUCCCCCAAAAACAUCUUCGGAAAAGACAAGUUCCCCUACCAAACUUUCGAGUGAAUCUUCUGCGGGGCCAUCAGUAUCGAAGUCGAACUUCGUAGAGAAGCCAUUGGAAAAGCCUCCUUCGGUCGAAAAAAUGGAGGUUGAUGGUUCGCCGGAAUCGGAUGUUUCAUCCCCCAAGAGUGUAGACACCAUUUCUAAUGUAGAACCAAAUUCCCAACCUGGUACAACGGUAGAGGAUAAAUCAGAAGAAAUAAGUUCAUCUGUUGUAGAGGAAACUAUGCGUCAGGAAAGUGAUUGCACCGAGAGCGGCAAAAUGGAUAACUCAAACGUGUCUAGUUCGGAUGAUAAACGGGAAGGUACGAGCGGAAAAAUUAAACCCGUAGAAAAUGAAGUAUCCGCUUCGGUUUUGCCAACACCUUCCGAGGAAGAAGCGAUGGAUGUGGAUGAAGACGGGAAUGACGUGGCGGAGAGCAGCACUCCUGCAGCAACAAAUGCUGCCGCUGGCAGCGUACCUGUGGAAGAACCACUGUGCAUCAAAAAGGUUGCGUAUUUGUGCACUGACGAAGAACAACGUGGCGAGCAAAAAGGUGAUUCAAAAUCCAUGGGUGCUACGGAAAAACCUUGCGGCAGUUCUCUAGCUACGUCGUCUACUCUGACAGCCUCUGCUAAAACGGCUAGCACGUCAGAGGUAACUGAAAGGAUGGAAGUUGAUUCUGCGACAAAAGCUACAUCCGGUACUGCGGGCACUACAAAACCGCUCAUUCAAUGUGAGGAAGUGGUGGAUAGCAGCAAUGCUACUGUUCCCACAAAAAAGCCGGUUGUUGAACGCGCUGAAAAAUCAUUGGGAUCCAUAAGCCUGAGCAAUGUAGCAGCAAUAUCGGAGGAAAGUUUUGUUGAAAGUACACAACCGUCCUCUAGUAGUGACACAAAAAAGCAAUCAGCAGUGGAAAAUCGAAUGAACGAUCAAGCUCGCGAAGUGGGCCUCCGCGCUGGACUGCAAACAAAACCAACAAGUACACCGAAGAACACUAGUGUAUCGCUGGUUCCUUCUUCAAUUAACCCGUCGACACUGAAGACGUUAAAUCCGCUACGAACAUCGGCCGUUAGUUCGUCUAACGUAUGUAGUGCUACUUCGGUGCAGCCUAACAUGGCCAAAGUAAGUUCAGGAAGUGUUAAUAAAGCCACAAAUCCUGCAACUUCGCCGGUAGAGAGCCGCCGAUCAGAGGUGGGUGAUACGACAACGAUGACCACGACCACUACCUCAACGGUGGAGACUGCAAGUGUGGCAAAGAAGGCAGGUUUGUUGACCACAAACGCAGAAAGUAGUAUGUCUUCUAAAGCAGAAACCGAAGCAUUACCGCUUUCGACGAUGUCCGGUGCAACUUCUGCUUCGUCCGUCAAAUCAUCACCACCGAAAAAAGAAUCGCAUCGUGAAGAAUCUAAGGGGAACCUGAACACAGCCGAUCCCUCGGAGGUGGAUUCAUGUACGGCAGCCGUUUCUGAUACGAAUACUUCAGAGGAUGUCAACGUUUUUCUGACCAACGUGCGAAAAUUGAAUGGCAUAUCUUCUACUUCCGGCGGAACUGAAAUGGAUGUGAAAACCGAUGUAGCCAAUUCCCACACCUCCGUAAAGCAAGAGGAUGACAACGUUAAAGCCAGCAACAGUUCCGAACAGCUUCAUUUGCUUGGCACCGUGUGUGGCAUGGCUUCCCCAGAGCAACAAUACGAAGUAACUAUCUGGUGUGAGGGACAGGAUCUACAGUUCAUGUCGGUAAAGCGAAUUGUCGAUGAAAAAAUGGUCCGUGAACCCGCAGCAACUACCAGCGAUGGUGCUUUGCAUGGCGUCUGCAAAAUUGAUUCAUCCUCAAAACAAACAUCAACAGGGCCCAGUUCAAAUGGCAGAUCGGGAAAUAGUAUAGGGCCAUCGAAGCUCUCAGAAACCCAUAUCGCAAGCAGUGGUCAGCCAUCAGAAAACUCGUCUUCAUCUACAUUAACCGUGUCAGAAGUGAAAUCGACACAAUCACCCUCAGUGCCGUACUUGAAGCAAACUAUCUCAGGAUCGAAGGCACUGUGCGAUCUAAUGAUCGAAAAAUUCAAGAAGCUUAGGCAAUUCUACGCUCCCGACGAUGGGUCCGAAAGUGCUGAAGGCCUGGCUGGCGAUACCGAUGCGCAUUUGUUAAAGAUUCCCAAAACUCCCGUCAACGCUCGAGGAGGGCAACGUAAAGAAAGUGCUAAGAAGAGUACUCCUCGUGGUCAGAAACGUAACAAGACGGUAGAUACCGAUGAUGACGACGAUAGCUCCGCCAAUAAUGCUCGUACUCCUCGUUCCACUGGUUCGUCUGCCACAAAGCAACCAGCCAAACGAACAAAGGGAGGAUUGAGUAUAAGCCCCAACGAAUCCCCGAUCGUUACCUCUACUUUGUCACCGAAGGUCAAAAAUAGCAUCGAACCGAAGCAGUUCGAUAUUUGCUGUUUGGCCCGAUGGACAGAUCGCAAAUACUACGCUGGUCGGGUAACGAAUUACAGGGAAGACAAUAAGUACGUCGUUGUGUUUGAAGAUGGGUGCUCAAAGACGCUGUCGCGAGACAUAAUCGUGUUCGGGGAGGAUGGCGUAUUGCCGAUUCAGCAUCAUUCGAUACAUGCACUGACCGGAAACGACACCUACGAGCCUGCUAUCGUAGAGGAAAUCAAACGAAACGAACUUAACGAAGUCGUGUAUUUUGUGCGGACGGCAGCCAGGACCCUGACCAUAACGGCGACCGAUAUAUAUCUCACUGAUGAGCAAGCGAAAUGGAUUCAUAACGCUUGCAAGGAUAAACCGAAUCCAAUUCAGCAACUGCUGCAAUCCGGAUCGGAUGCCGCAUCAACAAUGGACGGUGGUGAUAGGAUCGCUGGGACUGUUGGGACUGUUUCGGAAGGAACUGGAAGUUUAACUGCAUCAGACCUGGGAGCAGACAACGGAAACAAAGGUGCUCGUUCCACUCGGAGCACCAAACUGGUAACUCCGGAGGCCGGAUACUCGGGAGGUGUUGGUAAAAAAGGACGUCGAGGUCGAAGAAAUCAACCACCAGCUCCUGAAUGUAACAUAUCAGAAUGUAGCGACGUAUCGGACACCUAUGAAGAUGAAACACCAGUACCUGUAAGUCCCGAAACGGGUUUAGAUGCUGUAGAUGGUGUACAGCCAGAACUGCAACGCACCGAACAAGAAUCCGAGCUUACCAGAAUGUGCAUAGCUUCGGAAUAUUUUGGCUCCGAUGUGAAGUUUACACUAGAUCAACUGCUAGGACCGAUACCUUCCGGAGCGAAGUCAUUAUUUCGAAAUAAGCAUUUUCUAUUAACUUGUACCAUUCCACCAAAAGGCAUUGCUUCAGACUCUAAAAAUAGGCAGUUUUCUAGUGUUCCGUUUGUGAAACAACAUCUCCGGCGGCAAAUUGAAGCUGGGGGCGGAAAAGUAUACCAGUUCUUCGAGGAUGUGCCCAAAAAUAAGUACAAAAAUUGUAAGCUGAUAGCUCCUCGUCCUUCGACUACGGCAAUGUAUGUGCAGUGUUUAGCUAGCAAUAUUGUGGCCGUAUCGCACGAAUGGAUAAUCCAGUGCUGUGAGGUGUUAACAGUCGUCGACCAAAAACCAUUUGUGUUACCGGUUGGGUGGUCGUUCCUGGAAGAGCGCUACAUUGAAUGGAGUAGUGGACGGGGAAAAGAUAAGCGUUCAUAUGCAAAGCCUUUCACAAUGAUCUCGAUUAAUGUAGCGAGCUUAUGCAAAGAUUUCAAUGAUUUUUGGAGCCGAGUUUGCAAACUGGCCGGUGCUACUGUUCGUUUAAUCAAAACCGAGUCUGAUGUUACUGAGAACUUGAAGGGAUACUUACUAACGGAUCAGGAGUUUCCUGAAGAAAUCAAGAUCAAAGCAGCACGAAAUGGGCUUCUAGUAGUAUCCACCGUUUGGGUGGUACAGUGCUUGAUAUUAGGACGAAUAUGCCAUCCGAAAAGUAACGAAAAACUGACCCAAAUUUAUCAAGAAGAUGACUAUUAAGCCCUGCAAAGGACGAGAAGAACUAAGGUAUAUUCACGGAUGUACGUGUUUUCAUGUUUGUUACGUUUUUUACGUGAAUAGUGCAAUUAUGUAAGGGCAAACAUGGGAACAUACCUUUUGCUUUUGGCGUGCUAGACCACCACGCAAUUAGAUCAUUUCAAAAGUGCAUUUAAUACAACCGAGGUAAAGCUGCUGUAAUAAACGAGAGUGGAGUAAAAAAAAUAGUUGGUAAUAAUAUUCACGUUGA